CUCGCCUACCGACAGCAGCUGGCCGAGAAGCUGAGCAGGAAGGAGCUUCCGCUGGGGGUUCGGUACCACGUUUUUGUGGAUCCACCUGGACCGAAAAUCGGAAAUGGUGGAUCAACACUUCAUGUUCUUCGAUGCUUGGAAGAUCUGUAUGGUGAUAAAUGGACUUCUUUUAUUGUGCUGCUAAUUCAUUCUGAUGAAUGGAAGAAGAAAGUUAGUGAAUCGUAUGCUAUAAUCAUAGAACGAUUAGAAGAUGACCUACAAAUCAAAGAAAAGGAGCUGGCGGAGCUGAAGCAUGUUUUUAGUUCUGAUGAAGCCUUCUGCAAAGUCAAUUUAAAUUACCGCACAGAAAAUGGGCUCUCUCUUCUUCAUUUAUGUUGCAUAUGUGGGGGUAACAAAUCACAUAUUAGAACUCUUAUGCUAAAAGGACUGCGCCCGUCCAGAUUAACAAGAAAUGGAUUUACAGCUCUGCACUUGGCAGCUUAUAAGGACAAUGCAGAACUGUUAACAGCGCUGCUGCAUGGUGGAGCUGACAUUCAGCAAGUUGGGUAUGGAGCUUUGACAGCCCUUCACAUUGCCACAAUCGCCGGUCAUCAUAAGGCUGUUGAUAUUCUUUUGCAGCAUGGAGCUUAUGUGAAUGUUCAGGAUGCAGUUUUUUUCACCCCAUUGCAUAUUGCUGCAUAUUAUGGCCAUGAACAGGUAACCCACCUCUUACUGAAGUUUGGAGCUGAUGUGAAUGCAAGUGGUGAAGUUGGAGACAGGCCUCUCCAUUUGGCUUCUGCCAAAGGCUUUCUCAAUAUUACAAAGCUCUUGGUGGAAGAGGGAAGCAAAGCUGAUGUGAAUGCUCAGGACAACGAAGAUCACGUUCCUCUGCACUUCUGCUGUCGAUUUGGACACCAUGAAAUUGUAAAGUUCUUACUCCAGAGCAGCUUCGAAGUUCAACCCCAUGUGGUGAAUAUCUAUGGAGACACACCUUUGCAUCUUGCGUGUUACAAUGGAAAGUUUGAAGUUGUCAAGGAAAUAAUUCAGCUCUCGGGAACAGAAAGUCUCACUAAAGAAAAUAUAUUCAGUGAAACAGCUUUCCACAGUGCUUGCACCUAUGGAAAGAACAUAGAACUUGUAAAAUUUCUUCUUGAUCAGAAUGUUGUAAGCAUCAAUCACCAGGGAAGAGAUGGGCAUACAGGAUUACACUGUGCUUGCUACCAUGGUCAUAUUCGACUUGUACAGUUUUUACUGGAUAAUGGAGCUGAUAUGAAUCUGGUAGCUUGUGAUCCCAGCAGGUCCAGUGGAGAAAAGGAUGAGCAGACCUGUUUGAUGUGGGCUUAUGAGAAAGGUCAUGAUGCCAUUGUGACCCUUCUGAAGCAUUAUAAGAGACCUCAAGAUGAAUCACCCUGUAAUGAAUACUCACAACCUGGAGGAGAUGGUUCCUAUGUGUCAGUUCCAUCCCCUCUAGGAAAGAUUAAAAGCAUGACUAAAGAAAAGGCAGAUGUUCUUCUCCUACGUGCUGGUUUGCCAUCACAUUUCCAUCUUCAGCUCUCUGAAAUAGAGUUCCAUGAGAUUAUCGGCUCAGGGUCUUUUGGAAAAGUAUACAAGGGACGAUGCAGAAAUAAAAUUGUUGCAAUUAAACGCUAUCGAGCCAAUACCUACUGCUCCAAAUCUGAUGUGGACAUGUUCUGCCGUGAAGUUUCCAUUCUCUGCCGACUGAAUCAUCCAUGUGUCAUUCAGUUUGUGGGAGCUUGCUUAGAUGACCCAAGUCAGUUUGCUAUAGUAACUCAGUAUAUUUCUGGAGGAUCGCUCUUCUCCCUGCUUCAUGAACAAAAGAGAACUCUUGAUCUGCAGUCUAAAUUAAUCAUUGCUGUAGAUGUUGCCAAAGGCAUGGAGUACCUCCACAAUCUUACACAACCAAUUAUACAUCGUGAUUUGAACAG